UUUUCAAAUUUCAUUCCUCCAUGAACUUUAUUUUCCCCGACUUUGGGCAAAAUUAUAACCUGAUCGAUCCUCUAUCUGGCCACCGUCUACAUAUAUUUUCAUUUUCAUUGGCGGUCUCCCACUUUGCUUUCAGUCGGCGGGUCAAUUUUAUGUCUUGUGGACACACAGGAACACGCGCAGUUCACAUUUUACAGAGUAGAUAGAAACUCGAGUGAAGCCAGCUUGGGUGUAGAGGGCUAGACCCAUAUGAGCUUCUCAAUCUCUUUCUCUCCACCCCCUCUCUGCUCUGCUCUUUCCCCGCGUCCUGGACCUCUCUGUCAUGCUCGCUUGCUCUCCCCCUAGCAAGCACUGCCAACCUGCCUCGCCCUCUCAUAUAGCAUUGUUUCUCGUGAUGUCUCCAUCUGGUUCGCAGCUUCUUCUUCCUGUCCCAUCUCUUACGCACCGCGGACGCAGAUGGAAGUGACAUAGGAAACGUUUAGAGCGGACAACUUUUUUUUGUUGCAUUUGUCCUCUUUUCUUUUAGCAAACUAGCCUAUUUGUUUUUAGGCAGGACAUUUCAACAGAGUUUUGUUUGUUUUAUUUACCAGCCUGGUUGUCUACACUUUAGACUACUCAUACUAGGUCCGUUUUACUUUAACCUAAUACUCAAUAUUCAGUUAUUUUCUGUUUAUCAAUAACUUUUCAAUAGGAUGUAGCCUACCCUAUUUAUUAGCCUAUUUAUCUUUCUUUGAGUUGCUUUAGCCUACUAUUAUGCACACGUGGAGGAUGGGCAGUGAAACGUGUUCAUGAGUUGAUUCGCAGUCGUCAGAAAUCUCUGUCUAUGUCAGUUACGUCGACCGGGCCCCGGAAACUCAAGUGGGACCGGACCUACUGCCAAGUCAAUGAGAGCGCAUCGGAGAAGUGUACCAUCCCUUAUAGUGCGACGCGGGACUUCCCUCGUCUCUCCGUCCAGAACCAGCGCAGCCCAGAGAGGUCCAGUUCAGUGCGGUGUUUGGAAUUCGGGCUUCAGCCUCAGGUGCAUCUCUGAGGCGGGGCGACGCGGGAGUCCAGGUGUAGUGGAGGCAUGGACUGUAACUGUGUCAGUGAUCUGUUGCUCACCCCCCCUGUCCCUGCCCUCUGGACUCCAGGUGAGGCAAGCAGGAUGGGGGCACUUUUUUGCGGAAGCCGGGGCAUUGCCUUCCCAGACUGGGCCUACAAGCCUGAGUCGAGCCCCGGCUCGCGACAGAUUCAGCUUUGGCACUUUAUUCUGGAGCUGCUGCAGAAGGAGGAGUACCAGAGUGUGAUUUCCUGGCAGGGGGAAUACGGAGAGUUUGUCAUCAAGGAUCCUGACGAGGUGGCCAAACUGUGGGGCCUCCGGAAAUGCAAACCCCACAUGAACUAUGAUAAGCUGAGCAGGGCGCUAAGGUACUACUAUAAUAAGCGUAUUUUGCACAAAACCAAAGGGAAGCGUUUCACCUACAAGUUUAACUUCAGUAAGGUGGUGCUGGUGAACUAUCCUCUGCUGGACAUGGCCAGCUCCCCCUUCCUGCUCCAGAACCACUUCAAUGGGGGCUCCGCCGCGCCCGACUGCAGCCCUCUCACACCCGAGGCCCUGCAGUCACUGUUCCCUCGUUUGCCAGAGUCAGGGAGAGGAACCUCCCUGUUUGAUCGAGUGGCCACAGCCCCGGGACCAGAGGGAGACAAACUGAGACUGGACACAUUCCCCUUUCUCAGCUCAGCCGCUCCCUGUUACUCCAAGCCCCCGUCCCUGUUGGGUCCUUACCCCCGCAACCCUCCCUUCGAUUACCCCUGGGGCUUCAAUCCCUACCUCUCAGGGGCCUUCUCCCUCAACAACUGCCCCAAACUGCCCCCAGGCUCCCUCUACCCCUCCCACUUCUACCCCAACCCGCUGCAGACCAGCCUGGGCCAGCUGCCUCACCCCUUCUCCUCCCUACUCCCCCCGGGGGAGGUGGCAGGAGGGGGGGAGAGAGGAGCAGCGGGCCAGACCGGGGUUACUAACGGCACGGCAGGUGGGCAGCCCAGACUCUGCCUGCCUCCUUACCCUGGUGCUCUGUCGCUGGGCCGGACGGACAUUGGCAACGGGGGCUCUGUGGGUGAGAGGGAGAGAAGGGAGACCAAUACCUCAGGCAUGGGGCUUGGGUUGGGGCUAGGGUUAGGGUUAGGGCUGGGUCUAGGAGGGAUGGGUCUUGGUGGUGGUGCUGGGGGGCGACAGAGCCCAUCGGAGCGACGAGGCGGGGUGAAGCAGGACCCAGAGUCAGACUCGGACCUGGAGAUCACAGAUCUGAGUGACUGCAGCUCAGACAACGAGCCUGACUUCAGCAUCACCAAGGAGACCAGGCUGAGUGGUCGAUCACAGAUCCUGGUGGAGGGGAAGAAAGGGGGAGCACUGCCACCUCUCUCCUCCCUCCCUCCCCCUGUAUCCCCCCAUCCCCUCAAGAGCCUGGUGCCCCUCACCCCUCCCCCUCCGUCCCUCCCUCUAUCCCUCUCUCCCUCCAUGGCUCUGGUUGAACGGCACAGGGAGACAGAGACUCUAAAAUUGAUCCAGAGCUAAUAGAUUCUAAUAGAUAACUCUCUCUCUCUCGUUCCCUCCUCUCUCUCCUUCUCUCUUUCGCUCCCUUCAUCUGUUAUGUUGUCCUUUAUUUGAGCCAUCUUGCCCCGUCUCUCUGUUUUUUUCUUCCUCUCUCUCUCCACCCUUCUUCUCUCUCUCCACCCUUCCGCUCUCUCUCUCCACCCUUCUUCUCUUUCUCCACCCUUCUUCUCUCUCUUUACAUGUUGACUUGUAUAGCUGAGAAAGUGAGCUUGCUGAUUUCGACAUUACUGAGAGUGUUCCAUGUUUCAGAUAUAUGUGUACUACUUACUCAUGUUCUCCCACACAUUUUAUUGUCUCAAGGUUUCAGUGAUAUUUUGAGCUUUAACAGCAUUGCACGUUGUUCUGUGCUAUGUUACCGUGUUACUGCAAUGGGUCCGUCAAACUGCAUAAAUAUAACUCAAUGUAUAAUGAAUAACAUUUAAAUAUAAUGCUAUAACAAUAAUAAACAACACUACAAUACACACACAUAAGAUUAAUUGCAAUAAUGGCCACAUGAAAUUAUAUCUGACAGAGAUAUUACUUUAGUUUUUUGGGGAUUCCUUUUCUUGGGUACCGGUAUGUAUUUUUCUGUUCAAAACAUAGUCAAACAUUGCCAGCGGGUGGUCUUUAUAGGAGGCUGCUACAGUUAGUUGUUUGUUGGGAAAAAUGAUCAUCCCCCAAAUCCAAACAAUUAGUCAUUUUGCUCUGCUAAUGUAAUGCUCUGGUAUUGUAAUGCACAUUUCUAACUCCAUACUUGUUUGUUUGUUAUUGUUUAAUGCCAAUUUCAAUUGCUUAACUUUCUUCAGUGAGAGGGAGAGGAAGAUAGAGCUGGAAAAAUCUAGAAUUUGUAUCAAUAUUUCAUUGUAUAUAUUUUAUUAUGGUGUACAUUACAUUUAAUUAUUAUCAACAUUAUAAAAGCUAGCUGUGUUGGUGUGAUUGAAUUACGUAUUUAAAUAAUGUUGGGAAAUUGACAAGUAUAGGUGUAUUAAAGUUUUAAAUAAUGAACAGCAGUCAGAGUAUCUGCGCUGGAAAGGUGUUUUUUCUAUGAGGAGGACUCAUAUAUGGGGAAUUGUCUCAUAUUUUCUCAACCCCAGCUAAUUGUGCCCUUUGGUCAUUUUCCAAGAUGCCCUUUGGGUUUAAAUAUUCUGGUAGUGUUAUUUUUAUAGUUAGCAUUCACCCAGUGUAACUGUUCUGUCAUUUCUCAAAUGUGAGUAAAAUUGGUUUCAGCACAUUCUUUCAACUACCAAAAAAAAAAAGUAGAUUAUUUUUGAGACUAAGCUUUUUAUCCAUGGCUACAUUUAGGCAAUGGGUCCCCUUGUAGAAACUAAAACAAGAGGGACAAAGUAUCUCAAUACCACCUAGGGACACAAACCAACUUCUCCAUUCCACGUUGCUCACUUUGAAGCACAGAGUGCAUCCUAACUACCCCACAUUGUACAGAUUCAUAUGGUAUGGUUUGUAACAGGUGGUGGUGUAACAUUAGGUGUGAAAGCCCUAUUGUAAAGGUCAUGUAAUUCUAUAUUUGUUGGAUUCUACCAGAAAUCUCUGUUUCAUGAUCUCUGUGUGGCAUUUACCAACACCACUGUAAAUACUCUUUCCUUUGUGAAUGUAUGUGUAAACACAUCCAAAAUUAUCAUGCCGUGAAAUAAUGUCACAUUUCUUUGUUUUAUUGUAAAGAGAAAAAAUGGAAAGAGCAAAAAUAAGAAAAAAAUAUUAAUAACUUCUAAAGCAAUAAACAUUAUUCUGGAGAUUGGA